UUUGUUUCAUGUUUCAAUCAUCAAAAAGUUCUUUUUUUUAUUCAUGUUUUUGCAGAUUCUUAGGUGGUGGUGUUGAUGGUGUUUAUUGAUCUGUAUGUGUUUUUGGGAUUUGAUAUAUGUUGAAAUCGCUUAAUCUAGUGAUUUUUUAUAGGUUUUAAUCAUUAUAGUUUUUGAUGAUUCCUUUCACCACCCUAUUUUAAUCGUUGUUGUUGUUAAAAAUGUUGGCUUUUUGUUCCAUUUUGAAUUCUUGUGAAGAAUCAGAAAGUUUCUGUGUUUUCUCUCUCCCUAUUUUUAAGUUUACAUGAAAAAUUGUUGCUUUUGUUUGAUGAAAAUCUACUCCUUUGUGUUUUUGUGUAUGGAUUUCAUUUCACUUUGUUUUUUUUUGUUGUUGUUGUUUUACCUUGCUAUGUGCUAGUGCUACAAGCAAAUGUCAAUGUUUGUUUCAAAAUACCUAACUUUAUUUUUAUUUUUAUAGGAUCUUUGCUUUUGUGUGAUUUGAUUUGAUUGCUAGAACAAAAUCUUUUCAUGAUUUUUUUUUUACCUAGUAACUAGAAGGAAGAUAGGUUAUGGCUAUGAUUUCCCUUUAUACCUAAUAUUGGUCCUUUUGUCUACUUCAGAUUUUGUAUGAUUUUUGUUUUAAAUGGAGAUAAAUUUGUAUGUAGGGUAUGUUCUUAUCUUGGAAAAAUCCAAUGGUUGUCCUUGCUGUAUUGUGUCCAAUUCAUCCUUUGCAUAUUUAUUUACUAUGUACUAUGUGUUGGAAUGUUUUCUGUUGGUAUGUGCAUUUGAUCUUCUUUAUGGUCUUAACCCGCCGGGGUUUUUGAGCAAAAGGGUCGUGAUGAUAUGGAUUUUAAUCGGGCGGUAAGUUAGGUCUGGCUGGCCCGAAGAUUGUUGCGGUCAGGGUUUAUACCAGAGCUUUUACUUUUGAUUGUGUUAUGGCUGGAGAAACUGCAUGGAUCAGCCACUAUGAUGAUGAAACAAGAAAGGAGACUAGGGACAUUGAUUUGUUAUUGCAAUCUAGCGAGGAAGUUGAUAAAGAAGAAACUGUUAUUUCGUUGGACGUAAUGCCUGACGAGUUAUUGGAGCGUAUCCUAGCCUAUCUCCCGGUUGCAAGCAUUUUCAGAGCGAGGAGUGUGUGUAAAAGAUGGCAUGAGAUUGUUACUUCUGAAAGGUUUCUAUGGAAUCCUUCCAACUCGCCACCGCAGAAGCCUUGGUAUUUUAUGUUUACUGGCUCCGAAGAACCAACUGGCUGUGUUUAUGAUCCGAAUCUUCGGAAUUGGUAUUGCAUUGAGCUUCCCUUCAUUGGAAAUUCUAAUUGGUUCAUUUCAUCUUCACGCGGCUUAGUUUGCUUCAUGGAUAACGGCAGCAGAAGCCAAUUAUGCGUGUGCAAUCCUAUUGCCAAAAGCUGUAGGGUGCUUCCGGAGCCUCCGGGGUUGAGAUUUUCUGAUUAUGUCACGUUAGCAAUGUCGGUCGACAAGGAAUCCUAUGGUUAUACUGUGGGAAUUGUGAAAUCAAAGCAAGUUCCUGAAAACUUUUUUCAAUGGGAUAUCUCGAUUCAUAUUUACAAAUCGGAGGAGGAGACUUGGGCGACGCCGCUAACCGAGGUUUUGAUCGGGUGGAGAGGUGCAGACGAGAGUGUUAUAUGCAAUGGUGUACUGUAUUUCGUAGUUCAGUCUACCGGCGGCGUUCCAUCUGAAAACCGUCACGCAUUAGUUGCAUAUAAUAUCUCCGGCCGAACUUCUCAAACUAGCUUAAGAAAGAGCUUUAUUCAAGUACCGUGUUCUCUAUCAUGCGCCCGGCUUAUGAAUAUGAAGGAGAAGCUCGUAAUGGUGGGAGGAAUUGGAAAACCUGACCGACCGGACAUAAUCAAAGGAAUCGGUAUUUGGGUUCUUCAUGACAGGAAAUGGGAAGAGAUUGUCCGAAUGCCACACAAAUACUUCCAAGGCUUCGGAGAGUUUGACGAGGUUUUCGGUAGCCGAGGCAUAGAUGAUCUAAUAUAUAUUCAAAGCUAUGGAUCUCCUGCACUUCUCACAUUCGACAUGAACAUUAAACAAUGGAAAUGGUCACAGAAAUGCCCCGUUUCAAAGAGGUUCCCUCUACAGGUUUUCUCUGGUUUUUGCUUUGAGCCUAGGCUUGACAUUGCUCCAUAGAUUGUUCAUCAUAGAAAUCGAUCUUUUUGGCUUUUUACUCCAUUCUUAUUAAGUUGAAGUUUACUAAGAUUUUCUCUGUUUCAUGUUUCAACAGUUUUAUACAAACUGUACUUGCUGAUUAAUUAUGGUUAUUUGGUUAUUCAUGGAUACUGGAAUGUUAAUUGUUAUAAAAUUUGAAAAUACAACAGAGCUAUAUAUUGUUUACAGUUUCUAA